CACACCUGAGCUAAAGUCACUGGCUUUGUGAUGCGAACACUAGGUGGUAUUCCUGCUCCUGUAUAUUUUGGAGCUCUCAUUGACUCAACGUAUUUAAAAUGGGGAAUAAAGAGCUGCGGGGGCAGAGGAGCCUGUCGUAUGUACGACUCAAAUAUGUACAGAGUGAUCUUCUUGAGCCUGACUACAUGUUUAAGUGGAUGUUCCUACUUCUUCAUCAUUGCUGUCAUUGUACUUCUGCGGAAGCAGUUUAGAAAAGAAGAAGUCAAAGCAUUGCAGCAAACAGCCAGCAAGCAAAAUGAAACCGAACUUCAGUCUCCAGAGAUGUGCCAUCCUGACGGAUCCAAAACUGAUACCGGUCCCAGAGAAAAAACAGAAAGCACCAAUACUGAAUGCUAGCGAUGAGCUAUCAUCUUUUGUAGCUCUUUCAGGGAAUUUAGGAGACAGUGCUGACACUGUAAAUUAAUGGCAGAAGAACUGCUAAUAAAAUCAAUGACCAGGGCUGUGUUUCCCAAAAGCAUCUUAAGCCUAAGUUGAUUGUAGCUCCAUUGGUUU